GUUUCCGGUACACUACAAAAUUGUGUUAGGUUUCUUUCUGUCUUGAAAGACUGAAAACUCUYAUUUCUUUACCAAAUUCAAGACUUAUAAACUCCAGACAAGCAUGGCAACUGAAUAGUAAACUACGCGAAAACAACAACAUCAAGAUCACUGAACAAGAACCAUAAACGAAUUUCACAAGAUUUUUUCAACACAAUUUCAACCWAUGUAUUGAUGAUUAAAAUGGACAUAAAUCAACCUUGGAAAGCAGAGAGAGUAUUGGAAUUCUUUUAUUAUGAACUUGGUGAUUCACAAUGAAUAUUGGAAGCCAACAUGUGCUUAGAAUUUUUCCUGGCUUAUUGAGUCCAACUGUACAAUCUACAGCAAUUUCGGUGGGAGAAUUUGUCACRUCACAAGAGGCUAUCCAAGUUGUUCUGUCRAAGCUUGAAAUUCAGGAAAGCUCRGAAAAUUUUGAAYUAGUGGAAGUUUGUUAUCGUAACAGYAUCUUGGAACAUGAGUCAGAGAAAGUUCUAGAAGAUGGKGAUUUUCCAAUUCAACUAGUAAAGUCCUGGGAUUUUUUACCAUCAUCUGCUAGAUCUUGUUAUCGAAUUUUUGUACGCGAAAARCARUCUUCUGGCAGUGAAGAUUUGUCCCCAAGACUACGUCAAAAUUGGAUGGACUGCCACGAAAGUAUAGUCACUAUGAACCAUAAAUUUAAUCUAGGUCUGGAUUUUCGGCUUCCAGAUGACGACUUAUGUAGGUUACCCAAACUUGAUGAAGACAUGUUACUYAAGCACUUGCAAGARAGGUUUGAAGUCGGCCGUAUAUACACCUAUGUUGGAGAGAUUCUAUUGGCUGUUAAUCCAUUUAGGUUUUUCCCCAUUUAUAACCCCAAGUUCAUCUCCACGUACAAUAAUAAAAACCUUGGAUCCCUGCCUCCACAUAUAUUUGCCAUUGCGGAUAUUUCAUUUCAUCGUAUGUUGAAGGAAAAGACAAGCCAGUGUAUUGUUAUAAGUGGAGAAAGUGGAUCAGGGAAAACAGAGAGUACCAAGCUUAUUGUUCAUCAUUUGACRGCACUCAGUCGUAAAUCUCAACCAACAUGYGCAAUAGAGAAGACGGUUUUGGGCGUGGGGCCUGUGCUAGAGGCAUUUGGUAAUGCUAAAACAGCAUACAAUAACAAUUCAAGUAGAUUUGGAAAAUUCACACAAAUUAAAUUCAGAGAGGAUGGAGCAGUUUCAGGUGCUGCUCUGCGCAAGUACUUAUUGGAAAAGUCAAGAAUUGUGUCACAAGCAUCAGAAGAAAGUUAUCUAAACCAGAGCAAAUGUUACACCAUUGAGGGUAUAGAUGAGGGGUAUGAGUUUCUUAGACUCAAGCAAUCCAUGGAUAUGGUUGGCUUUACUAAUGACAUACAAGAGAGAAUUUUCCGCGCUCUUUCAUCAGUUCUUCACAUAGGAAAUAUUAAUUUCACAAGGGUUACAGAGGAGAAGCUUCUAGAAGUGUUGACAACUAGAAAGCAAAUCACAAGAGGAGAACAGUUUAUAGUACCUUAUAAAUAUCAUGAGGCUCUUGCAACAAGRGAUGGCAUGGCUAAAGCUCUUUAUGGUACGUUGUUUGACUGGAUUGUAUUGCAAGUCAACCAUGUGUUAGUCAUCAAACAGCAAAGCCAACGAGAGUGGUGUUCUAUUGGUGUGCUGGAUAUUUUUGGUUUCGAGGAUUUUGAACACAACAGCUUUGAACARCUGUGCAUCAACUUUGCCAAUGAGAAGCUGCAAUAUUACUUCAAUCAGCAUAUCUUUAAACUGGAACAGGAUGAGUAUAACGCAGAAGGCAUAGAAUGGCGUAAUGUAGAGUUUGUUGAUAACUAUGCUUGUAUUGAACUCAUCGCUGGCCGCCCUACUGGAUUAAUGCAUUUGAUAGAUGAGGAGAGUAGUUUUCCGAGAGCAACAGAGACGUCUCUCCUCGAAAAGAUGAACAAAACGCAUUCAUCUCAURGCUAUUACGUUCCCAGUCUUAUGGCUCCAUCGUUUACUGUCAAACACUACGCGGGAAGCGUCACUUAUACGAUUGAGGGCUUCCUUGACAAAAAUCGUGAUCUCAUGCGACCCGACAUCCUUAGCGUGCUGAAAAGCAGUAAUCUGCGUUUCAUCCGGGAACUUCUUGGAGCUGACCCUAUGGCAGUUUACCGCUGGUCAGUAGUGCGGGCGUUCUUCAAAGCUGUACAUGCAUUCACUGUUGCAGGACGAAAGUUCCGAAUGAGCGGCAAAGCCAAUGAACGAGCCAACUCACGGAAACGGCGGUCUUCCAGAUCAUUCAGAAUGGGGAUAUUAAACUCUGAAGAGGAUAAUUCAAAGCCUUUAUUCAAGAAAGCAUCCAAAGUAAUUCGGAGGAUGCAGUCACAGAACACAAAAACAUCACCGUCGAAAAAUUUCGUGACAAAGAUUCGUCACGGUCUUGAGACAAAGCGUGACAUGUCCAUACGUACCUACGACCAUUUAUACAGAACACAGAGGGGUAAAGCMGCGCCCAUGAACCCUCCGACAGUCAGUGCACAGUUUCAGUCAUCGUUGAAUCGUCUAAUGGAGAUUCUUGGUGAGGCCCAGCCAUUCUUUGUUCGCUGCAUCCGCUCCAACGCUGAGAAGGCYCCCCUAAAGUUCGACUGUGACGUUGUUCAGCGGCAGUUGCGUUACACYGGUAUGUUGGAGACCGUGAGAAUCAGGAGACUGGGCUACCAAUGGAGGUUUCACCUGGAGGAAUUUGUCAAGCGGUACAGUCUUCUCUUCCCACGUGUCAUUGACGACGCCAAGAACCAGAUAUAUGGUAUAUUGAAAACACUGAAGCUUGAUCCAAAUGAAUACCAGAUUGGUAGUAGCAAGAUAUUUUUGCGAGAGAGUCAACAUCGUAUUCUUCAAGAUCAAUUACACAAGGUUUUCAUCGACAAAGUUUGCACGAUACAGAGAUGGACAAGAGGUGUUUUACAGAGAAGACAUUUCCUUCGACAGAGAAGUGCAGCCAUUACAAUUCAGUCACAUGUUCGUGGUCAUUUUGUGCGCUUGGAACUGGCCAAUCAGAGGUACGCGGCGACUAAGUUGCAGGCAACAUGGCGGCGGUACCACGCUGAAGUUCAGUACAAGAAAACACGAUAUCGUAUUAUAUUACUACAGGCUGGUGUGCGUGGAUGGCUCGCAAGGAAACGGUAUGAGAAACUCUUGAAACAACAAGAAUUAGAAGAGGAGCGAAGACUGGAGGAAGCUGUAGAAAGACGACCAAGGCUUUCAGAUACAGAGGCUCGUCGCCUGGUGCGCUCUMUAAGUGACCCAACUGACUACGAAAAACUCAAAACGACCAUCGAAGAAGACGAGGAAAAACCGGAUGUGACGUCAGAGACACCUCACGUCAAAGUCUCGACGUCAGAGGAGAGYCUGCUUGUAUCUGAUGUUGCUUCGCCAAGGGUAAAAGAGUUGUCCAAAAUGUUUGAACGCGAUCUUUAUCUUCUCAAACCCACAGAUGAGGUACGUCGACGCGCAUGCUCGGAUCCAGCUGCUCAGCGGCGUCUUCGAAAGCUUCCUCGUUCCAUGCCYUUGUCGAUCGAAACCCACACGGCCGAAGAAGAAGACAGGCCCUCCACACCGGACAUCGUUAAGCUUAGCGCUGUAUUCUCGCCGACUGCACUAAUAGAGUUUAAAACCGCACCACCAGAAGUUACGUGUAAUGCUCUUUCUCGUCGGAUGACGUCGAGUAUCCGUCGGCGRUUAUCGWCGAAGUCGAAAAACAAAUCGGGUCUUCGGAUGAGUACUUCGGAUAUYCCCGACGAGCCUCCSUUUCCAUAUAGCGACAACGAUGAAGCUCUUUUCGGCGCAAGGCCCGGGUCAAUUGAAACUCUACCGAACAUUGCAACACUCGGGACACCUUCGGUCGAUGUUCGGAAAACGAAAGGUCGCAGUUUAUUCCGACGGAAAAAUCGACAUUCUAUGCGACGAAAGUCYGAGCCAGGUAUUGCAAAACAAAGUGUCAAAAAAGCUGAUAAGAAUGAGAUCAAGCCUUCGAAGUCCGAUGAAGAUCUAAUCAACGCCAUUAAUCAGACUAAAAUAGUCAGCACAAUCUCCAAGUCGGUUAUCACAGGAACAAAGCAAGUCAAACCGACAAACAAGAAAAUCGCACGUGGAGCUGCUGACCUAUCGGGACUGGAUUCUUUCUUAAUGAAGAAGAUCAAUGAUUUAAAUCAAGAGCAAAACAAGCGAGAUACWGUCGUCGAUGGAGUAUUUAAAAAGUCUUUACAUGAAUUCCAUGCGUACCUUAUAUCAGAACGAUCUCUGAUUAUCAAUCACGGUAAAACAGUGAAUCUAACAUACGAAGACAUCAUCAAGAAGUUCGAAACCAUUCUAGAAAAGAUCAUCAAAAUUGAACGCAUUGGAGUGACAUUCCCWGCUAUUAUGGGCGUGAACGCCUUUUGUGGUUUCAUCAAUGACUACUUAGAAAAGAGAGAGCAAGCHCUUGCCAAGGCUGAGAAAUCAAGAGCAGCACCAAAGCAGCACCUUAAGAAGAAAGUAAAACGAAAAUCUGAUUUACAGCAUCAUAAUAAUCAUAAAUUCGGCGUGGCUCAGUUUAGUAUUCCAACCUUUUGUGAGCAUUGUAACUCGCUGAUUUGGGUACUGGAGAAAGGCAUGGUUUGUCAAGAUUGCCGGUUUACUUGUCAUAAAAAAUGUUAUUUAAAGUCAACGCUGUUGUGUGUGUGGAAUACUACCAAGGCUAAGUCAAAUUCAAAGCGCUAUUCGGUAUUUGGUGGAGAUCUUUGUGACAUGACAACAGAGGAAUCAUCGAUACCAAGAGUAGUUGAUAAACUCAUUCAGGAAAUCGAAUUUCGAGGUCUGUAUACUGAAGGUAUUUACAGGAAAUCACCCAAUAACGCUACUGUACGAGCCUUGAAGAACGCGAUUAUCAGUAAUGGGAUUGAAAAUGUCGACCUCUCAACGUAUUCCGUACAUGUCGUUGCCGCGGUUCUCAAGCUUUUCUUCAGGCAACUAUCAAGUCCUCUCUUCACCAAUGAAGUCUACAACGACGUAAUACGAAGUGCAGAUUUGAGCGAUGAACGAGUCAAGCUUGAAACUCUGUACUCGAUUGUUCAAAAGCUACCACGAGUCAACAUCGAGAUAUUUGAACGACUUAUUUUCCACUUAGCAAGGAUUGCUGAAAAUGAGCAAAGUAACCUUAUGCAUCCCAAUGCACUUUCCAUAAUCUGGGCUCCCUGUUGUAUGAGAACACCAGAGAACGUGGGGCCAAUGGAAAGCCUGCAGCACGUUCCUAAACAAACAGAUUUUCUCGAAACGCUAAUAGCUAACCAAGUCAAGAAAAUCCGAUCAACACUAAGCGACAUUCGAGUUCUCGAUAAAGCCGCCGAUACGACGAACAAAAGACUAUCGAUGUUGAAUCUACGAGAAGAGGAACAAGAUUUAGUGGAGCAGGAUUUAGUGGCUGAAGGUGACGAAGUUAAAAGCUUAUUGACGCAACAACUGGAAGCUCUACAGCAACAAAGGGAUGUAUUAACAGCUAAUCUAACAAUGCUAAAACCUCGGCAACAAAAAUCAACAGACACUAGUGAAGAUGUUGCGAGCGAUGAAAACAUAACGGACGACGAGCUUGAUGAAAUAUUAGACAACGAAGARUACGCAGUAACAUUCGACCUUCCAGCUGCACCCGUAGUCCUCAACCACUUAACAAAGAACAGAGCUAAACGACAAGCAAAGAAACGYCUCCCAUCACGAAGUAAAUUACGCGACAGUACCAUUAACGAAUACCACGUGUGACCACACCCACCACGUGUAUGUGCCACGCCCAUCUUAAAUUAUAUUCACAUGAUCUUAGAAAGCGAUAAUAUAGCGGUGAUUCCGAUCGAGAAGAACCUAACUCUGUAACUUUUUUCCGUCACCCAAGAACUCGACCGCCCGGUUUAGAGAGUACAAAGACAAAGAGCUUUGCAAGCAGAUCUGAGGCCAAACAGUCAAAGAUACUGCAUUCCAUUAGACAAAUGAAUAUCAAGGGAUCAAUUGGUCAAAUUAAGCAAAUGAGUCGAUUUGACUAACGAUGUCUAUAGCAAAAGUGUCACGCUAGAGCCAGAUUUUCAGAUUCUAAAGCAAAGAAAGGUGUCCCGUCUCUCAAGAUGUGUCGUCACGCAACGUACCGCGUCACGUAUUUUUGUCACGCAAGAUUGCUUUAUUAGUUAAUUUUUUUCCCACAUCGACGAUUUUUUUCCAUCGAAAUCACUCGAGAGAUAUAAUUAUGUAGUGUCUCGGUGAUCCCAUAUAGAGACCAAACCCUGGUCGUCCUGGGACUGGUUUUUAAAUAACUGAUUAACGUUACAGUUGCUCGAGCUCUAAACAACCCAUCCCUGAAUGAUACGGGGGUGAAAACGAAGGGGCUAUACUACUUUCCACUAAACUUUAUAAAGACAUAAAAGAAAUUCACAAUAGAGAUUUUAGAUAUUUUAAUAGAAAAACGCAGAUAUGCAUAAAAGUGAAAUAAUUUAUAACGUUGCUCUGACGUCACUUCCGGUUACAUCAUUUCCGGUAGCAAAUACGAAAACGUUCCACAAAAAUCAUCCUGUACUACAACGGGAUUUCUAUGGCCCGAAUGAACGGGAUUUUCAAAACACCGGGAAGCGUAGGGUUKCUUUUUUUUCUUUUUGACAUACCAAACAAUUGCUUUGGAGAUACUAAUAGUCUCCUUCACGGUUGCCUGCGCCAUCUUGAAAGGUAGCCGUGCCUUUGCAUCGAAGCGAGACGACCGUUGAGCGUGCAAUGAUAGAAACCUGUGAAUAAUUGUCUGCUAGGUGUGAAAGAAGGUUUCUAUCAUUGCACGCUCAACGGCUACCUUUCAAGAUGGCGCAGGUAACCGUGAAGGAGACUAUUCGGUUUUUUUGUGGACGUGGCCAUAUAUGGUGAUAUUACCUUAUUUGGAAGUGCACCGAAAUACCAGACCAAAACACAGGGAUCCCGUGCCAAUAUGUACAGGAAUUGUUUGAUAUGAAYCACAGAAAAAAAUAUAUGAUUUUUUACCUUUUAUAAAUUGUAAAGCAUUAUUUAAAAAUAUUAUGUAGAUGUCUUUAUCGAUUAUUUUAACGAUUUUUAAGCUAAAUUCUAAUAAUAUUGUCCAAAUUUGAACAUCAUUUUAAGAAAGUUUUAAGUUUAAAAACUGAGAAAGUUGGAAAAAAAUAAGAUUUUAAUAGAGAUGUUCGUCAGACAAUUGUAAUAAAAUUACAUCACAUUUACACCUG